AUGAGGGCAAUUCAGCCAAACCUACCCCUUGGAGGAACUUUCCAUACAACCCAUCCACCCCACUCCCCUCACUCUGCAAUCCCUAACCUCGCUUCACCAGGGGCCGACACAAGGAAAUGGGUUUACACAAAGACCGAUACUAGCAAUAAUGCAUCUAGACCCAAACAAGGUACCAUGUACCAGUCUGUACCUUACCACACAAGCAACAUAGAGAUUUAAACGUACUCACGAAAUAUGUAUGGAGGCUUUUAGUUGAAUUCUUAUGUGUAUCACCUUAUCCUCAUGACAAUGAUAUGAUUGUAAUCUACCGACAUGAAUCCACCCCUCUUCUUUAUUCUGUACCCCACUCAUUUGAAAAAUAUAAACAAAGAAUUUAUAAAAAAUAAGAACAUAUAGUGAAAAUUUUGAUAAUUUAUGCUCGAAAUUCCUUUUUAGCAAGGCCUAUUUGAUUGUUGGCGCAUAUUACAUGAAGGAGAGAGUGACUACGCUUAUCACUCAACUAUUUACAACUUUUACUCUUAGAUUGACAGGUUCUUGGCGGGUGAAAAUGUAAUUCCUUUAUUACACGUUCAGAUAUUCUAGACGUUAACUGGACUAACCAUGCCCCCAUAAUGUUAUAUUUAGAGGAGUCCUUCCAAUCAAACCCAGAUAGACAAUUGAGACUAAGUGACUUCUUGGUCAUUGAACUUGAAAAUAAGACUUUUGCCGAAAUUGAGCUAAAAAAAUUAUUUCAGGGAAAGUGUUGAUAUUACUUCUUUAUGGAACACCCAUAAAGAUGUUUUAUAAGGUAAUUAUAAUUAUAAAAAUAAUUAGAUAAUUUAAAUUUGGCAAAUAAAUUUGACCCUUCUUCCUUCCUUGCUGAAAAGAUCCUUGAUGUUGAAAUCAAUAUUAAUACACUUUGGUUAAAAACACACCCCUGUUGCUAAAGAGAUUAAAGCUAUUUUUUUAUGCUAACGGUAAUAAAGCUUCUUCUUUGUAAACCUCUAAAUUAUCCCACAAUCUCCCAGUACAGAAUUGAGCAUUUAAUAAAUCAUGAGGGUAUUAAAGUGACUCAUCUUGGAAAAAUCAGUAAUAUGUUUGCUGAUUAUUAUAAAAAGCUAUAUAAUUCUCUGUUCACAAUAUCAUACAACCAACAACAGAUAGGGUAUAGUCAUAUUUGCAUAAGGUUCCUCUGACGCAAACUCCCAAAGACAAAUUGGAUACAUUAAGUUCUCCAAUUUCCUCAAAAGAAAUUGCUGAUGUUAUCAAUAUGAUCCCAAUGGAAAAGGCCCUUGGCCCUGACAGGUUCAAAAUGUCUUAUUACAGAUCCUUCACUGGCAUUUUAAUGCUACACUUAACUCAAGUAUUUAGUCAUUACUGGAAAACAGAAGAAAUGCCAGAGGAGGCUCUAAAUGCUCAAAUAGUCACAUUAUCAAAAACUGGCAAAGCACCUAUUGCGUGCUCAACUUUUUGUCCCAUUUCAUUAAUAAAUAAUGAUACAAAAAUGUACUCAAAAAUUUUGGUAAACAGACUGACUCAGAUUCUCCUGUUAUUAAUUUAUAUAGAUCAGGUAAGAUUAGUUAAGAGCACAUGCCAUUUUAUCAAUUUGAUUCACCAAAUUAGAUUCGAUCACACGUCUUCUCUGCUUCUUUUUUUAGAUGCAGAGAAGGCAUUUAAUAUAAUUCACUGGGAUUACCUUAGGGAGGUACUGUCGCAAUUUAAUAUACCUGAUCCUUUCAUCAGGGCUGUGUUUGUGUUAUAUUGCCAAUCAACGGCAAGAGUAUCUGUGGGUGGAUUCAUGUCUGAUACUUUUAAACUAUCCCAUGGAACUAAACAGGGUUGUUGAUUGUCACCACUUUUAUUUGUGAUGGCGAUGGAACCAUUGCCUGAGAUGAUAUGCCAUUCAACAGAUAUUGAAGGUAUUUUAACAGGGGAUAAAGAACAUAAAAUUGGUUUAUUUGUAUUACAUCAUCCUAUCUUUUAAAAAAUCCAGUGACCUCAAUAUCCCAGCUGAUGUCUAUUCUGCAGGAAUUUGGCAAAAUUAAAUUUUACAAAUUAAACACGAUCAAGACUCAAGCUCUAAAACAUUUUAUGCCAUGGUAUGAUAUAGAUACCAUGAAAAAAUUGAAAACAUUAUAUGACUUCGAUUGGAGGGAAUCUUAUAUUUAUUAUCUGGGCAUUAAUCUCUGCAAGAACCUCUCCAAGAUGCAUGUAUGUAAUUUAGGUAGGAUCUGCUCCGAACUUAGGGAAACCAUUGAGAGAUGGUGUAAUCUCGCAAUUUCUUGGUUAGGUAGGAUCAAUUCAGUUAAGAUGACUGUCCUUUCAAAAAUGUUUUCUCAGAACUAUCCCCCUCACUACCCCUUUAUCUUUUUUUUUUAGAAAGGUUCACUCGACCCUUGUAACAUUUAUAUGGAACAACAAAACAACCAGGAUUAAAUAAUACAUUUUACAAAAACCCAGGGCUGGUAUGGGUCUGCCAGAUCUUAUCCAUUAUUAUUAUGCAACUAAUAAAGCAAUGGCAAUCAAAUUUAAUUUGGAUACCACUAGACCUCAAUGGCUUGAGAUGGAAGCAAAUAAAAUUUAUCCUUACUGAAUAAAAGACAUGUUAUGAUUGCCUCCAUCUCAACGUCUUCAGGAAGGGGAAAUGUUCCACUCCACUAAAACAAUCCUUAAAAUGUAGGAUCUGUUGUUCAUGAAUAUUUUCCCUUCCAUCACUUGGUCCAGGGCCACAACCUUGUCAGCAUUUGCGUUUUGCUUUGCCUGAUCUGGAUGUGGAUUACUGGACCUCCAUUCGAUUGUCCAUAUUAACAGUUCAUUUUUGUUCAAUAGAUUUCUACCUCUUGAUCAACUGAAACAAAAAUGUGGUUUAAGUUCUUUAGAUGCCCCUACACAUGAGAGAUUACUGACCAGGGCCGGACUGGGAAAAAAAUUAGGCCCGGGCAUUUUUCAAUCAGAGCGGCCCCCUAAGAAGGGGGCGGUGCCAGAGAGGGUGUGUUUUGUCAUCACUAAUGACAAGCACGCCUCCUCUCAAAGUGAGCAUGUUGGUUCAAUGCGCAGAGCUGCGCUGAAGAGCUCUGGCAUUAGAAAAAGGCCCUGUAUUUGUUCUGUGCAGCGCAAGCAAAUUUAAUAACAUGCUUGCGCUGUGUUUGCUUUUAAAUUGUCUCUGGUGUCUCAACAAGUGGGAUACCAGAGGACAAAAGGACCAGGAAAGUGUAUGGUGCAUGUGUGUAGAGUGUGGUAUUGUGUAAAUAGGUCAAUUUCAUUUGUGUUUGUGGUGUAAUAUGUGUGGCUAGGGGCUGUAGAGAGUGUAUGCAUAGGGGGCAUAGUGUUAUAGGGGAUGUAGCGAGUGUGUGCAUACGGGCUGUAGUGUGUGUGUAUAGGUGACGUAGUGUGUGUAGUGGUUGUAGAGAGGGUGUGUUUAGAGAAUGUUGUAUGUGUUUGCUGACAAGGAAUGUAGUGUGUGUGUAGGUGGUGCAGUGUGUGUGUGUAGGAGAUCUAGUGUGUAAAGGACCCAGAGUGUGUAUAUGAGAUUGUGUGUGUGUGUAUAGAGGAUUAAGAGUGCAUAUAAGGUAAGGGAUCUAGCGUGUAUCUGGAGCGUAAUGUAUGUAGUGCUGUAGUGUGUGUGUGUGUGUGUGUAUAUAUAUAUAUAUAUAUAUAUAUAUAUAUACAUACACACACAUAUAUAUAUGUGUGUGUGAGCGAGGGUGCUGUAUGUCUGAGGGUGCUGUGUGUGAGUGAGGGUGCUGUGUGCCUGAGUGCGCUGUGUGUGUCUGGGGGUGCUGUGUGUGUCUGGGUGCUCUGUGUGUCUGUACUGUGUGUGUCUGGGUGAUGUGUAUGUCUGGGGGUGCUGUGUGUGUCUGGGGGUGAUGUGUGUCUGUGUGUGUGUGUGCUGGGGGUGAUGUGUGUGUCUGGGGGUACUGUGUGUGUCUGGGUGCUGUGUGUGUCUGGGGGUACUGUGUGUGUCUGGGUGCUGUGUGUAUGUCUGGGGGUGAUGUGAAUGUCUGGGGGUGCUGUGUGUGUGUGGGGUGCUGUGUCUGGGGUGCUGUGUGUGUCUGGGGUGAUGUGUGUGUGGGGGUGUGUGUGUGUGUCUGGGGUGAUGUGUGUGUGUCUGGGGUGUGUGUGUCUGGGUGCUGUGUCUGGGGGUGCUGUCUCUGGGGUGCUGUGUGUGUCUGGGUGUGCUGUGUGUGUCUGGGGGUGUGUGUGUGUCUGUGGUGCUGUGUGUGUGUCUGGGGGUGCUGUGUGUGUCUGGUGUGUGUGUGUGUGUGUGGUGCUGUGUGUGUCUGGGGGUGCUGUGUGUGUCUGGGGGUGCUGUGUGUGUGUCUGGGUGAUGUGUGUGUGUCUGGGUGCUGUGUGUGUCUGGGGGUGCUGUGUGUGUCUGGGGUGAUGUGUGUGUGUGUGAUUUUUUAAUUUAAAUUAUUUUUUUUUUUAUUAAUAAUAAUAAUUUUUAAAAAAGUUAUAUCCCCCCCCUCCCUUCUUACCUUUAGCCUGGGAGGGGGGGAACCGUUUUGCCUGGGACGGGGGGGAGCCGUUCUGCCAUGGGAGAGCCAUGCUGCCUGAUCCCUGGUGGUCCUAGUGGUGAGCGUGAACUCUAGCCUGUAGGCUAGAGUUCACUCUCGCGAGAUCCCGCGAGAGGACCGGCGGAGCUGCUGGAUAGAGCUCCGCCGGUCCUCUCCUCCCUCCCUCACACCCCAGCAAGCGGCCGCCUGGAAGUGUCUCUGGGCCGGUAAAGGGAGAUCUUAGAUCUCCCCACCGGCCCAUGGAGGCACACAGCAGGGCCGGCGCUCAGGUAGCGCUGGCCCUGCAGGGGCCGGCCGGGGAGAUCCUGUGAUCUCCCUGCCGGCCUCGGCCCCACGGCCAUCGCGGCCCACCGGGCAUUUGCCCGGUAUGCCCGAUGGCCAGUCCGGGCCUGUUACUGACAAUAAUUAGGGAACAUCUUUCUGAUCAGGAUCAAAGUGUAAUCUAUUGGAUUCUGGUCGAAAAAAACAUUAUCUCCAUGUGUUAUAAUAUUUUUGCUGGUGACAUGAGUCUUAAAGAAGACUACAUGUUGAAGUGGUAGCGUGAAGUGGGUGGAGUAUAUACAGUAUAUGAAUGGAAUGACUUCUUGCUUGCAUUAAAAGUUACCACACAAUGCAUCAAUCAUUUAGAAUCCAAUUAUAAAUUAAUUUAUAGAUGGUACCUAACCCCAUCCAAACCUUUCAAGAAUGUAGUCAGACAGGAACAUUAUUUCAUAUAUUCUACUCAUGCCUCGAGAUUAAAAAAUAUUGGGUAGAAAUUCUCAAAUUAAUAAAAUCACAGAAUGUAAUGUAAUUGUAUCCCUGAGUCUUUGUCUGUUUAAGAAACAUCCUAAUAAUUUGCUACAUUACAAAAAUGGGCCACAUUCUUGUAUCAGCUUCUUCCAUCAUUGCACAGCAUUGGAAAUCAUCCACUGCUUCAUCGAUAAUAAAAGAUGCGAGUUAGCACUCCAUUAAAUUUAACAUCCAUUUUAAAACAUCAAUGCACAACAAGGGAAAACUAUAUGAAAUGUAAAUACGGGCUUUUUGAUUAUAGGAUUAUAGAUGUAGAAAGUACAACACACUAUAUUUGACAUUUCAUUGUUCUUUGAUUUAGCAUAUAUAUAUAUAUUUUUUUUUUCUCUCUCUCUUUAAUUUUUAUAAUAGUGUACAGUAAUUCUUCUUAGAUGUCUAGUUUUGUCAAUAUUCCCCAGUUCUUGUUUGUUGUUGUUGUUCGUAUAUUAUUGACUUUGUCCAAUUAUUUACAGUUUAUUAUAUGUCUAUUAUUAUUAUAAUGUAUGAUUUAUUUAAAUGUAAUUAAAACAUAUUUGAAAAGGAAUUAAGCGAUGACCGGAUUGUGUAAAACACGCCUUGAAUGCAGACAGAUGGCUGAAAUCUAGACCAAAUUAAUUAAAUUAUGGCCCAGAGAAUUCAAGUAUCCAAACUACUUUCCUGCUUGCAGUCAGGGUGCAAAAACAGCUUAUUUAUGUGGAAGCUGGCCAGAGCUUGAUAGCCAAUUGACACAUAUAAAGAGUUACUAUAUUACUAUAUACCAUAUUACUAUAAUGUAGAUAUUUACUCACCCCACCUUGCAGGUGGGGGGUGUUUGCUAAAUGUUUAAAGCUAGAGACUGGGCAGUCAUUGCUCUUGGGGAUGGGGCCAGUGAAAUAAUGGGUGGAGGGUGACCAUAGUCCCGUCCAUGGGCAUCGGUUGAGGGAAUGGCCAUGUUAAAGGAUGGGAUUGUUGAACAUCUGAAAUCACAUAGAUUUGAAGAUCAGAGACAACAUGGGUUUACUUCAGGGAAAUCAUGCCAAUCUAAUCUUAUUGAUUUUUUUUGAUUGGGUAACUAAAAUAAAAGAUCAGGGUGGUACAGUUGACAUUGCUUACCUAGAUUUCAGUAAGGCUUUUGUUCCACACAGAAGGCUAAUCAAUAAACUGCAAUCUUUAAGUUUGGAUUCCAAUAUUGUUGAAUCGGUUAGGCAGUGGCUAAAUGACAGGCAACAGAGGGUUCUAGUCAACGGAGUAUAUUCAAAGCAAAGGAAAGUUACCAGUGGGGUACCUCAGGGAUUCUCUUUAAUAUUUUUAUUAGUGAUAUUGCAGAAUAUUGUGAUGGCAAGGUAUGUCUUUUUGCUGAUAAUACUAAAAUUUGCAACAGGGUUUAUGUUCCAGGAGGGAUAAGCCAAAUGGCAAAUGAUUUAGAUAAAUUAGAAAAAUGGUCAGAGCUGUGGAAACUGACAUUUAAUGUGGAUAAGUGCAAGAUAAUGCAUCUUGGGCGUAAAAAAACCAAGGGCAGAGUAUAGGAUAUUUGAUACCCUACUAACCUCAACAUCUGAGGAAAGGGAUUUAGGAGUAAUUAUUUGUAAUUAUUUCAGAUGACUUAAAGGUAGGAAGACAAUGUAAUAGAGCAGCAGGAAAUGCUUGGUUGUAUGGGGAGAGGCAUUAAAAGUAGAAAGAAGUGCUCAUGCUAUUGUACAGAACAUUCAUGAGACCUCACUUGGAGUAUUGUACGCAGUACUGGAGACCGUAUCUUCAGAAGGAUAUUGAUACUUUAGAAAGAGUUCAGAGAAGGGCUACUAAACUGGUUAAUGGAUUGCAGGAUAAAACUUACAAGGAAAGUUUAAAUAAUCUUAACAUGUAUAGCUUGGAGUAAAGACGAGACAGGGGGAUAUGAUAGAAACAUUUAAAUACAUAAAGGGAAUCAACACAGUAAAGGAGGAGACUUUAUUUAAAAGAAGAAAAAUGACCUCAACAAGAGGACAUCAUCUUAAAUUAGAUGGGCAAAGGUUUAAAAAUAAUAACAGGAAGUAUUACUUUACUGAGAGGGUAGUGGAUGCAUGGAAUAGCCUUCCAGCUGAAGUGGUAGAGGCUAACACAGUGAGGGAGUUAAGCAUGCGUGGGAUAGGCAUAAUGCUAUCCUAGACUUAAGAUAAGGCCGGGGCUUAUUAAACGUAUCUUGAAAAUUAGGCAGACUAUAUGGUGCCGAAUGGUUCUUGUCUGCCGUCACAUUCUAUCUGUCUAUCUAGUCCCACCCAUUUUAUUUAUUUACUUUUGUAAUAUGUCAGCUGGCUAGCAAGAUAACCACAUAAUUAACCCUUGCGCCACUGAGGCUUUUUAAACUAUUUGCCUACAAGCGGUUAGCGCUGCAGUGGGCAUAUAGUACAUCAAAUUAUUAGCUCACUUGCAAAAAGAAUGUGAAUGAUAAUUUGCUAAAUGUCAUUUUUAAAAGAAAAAUCAUACAAAAAGAGGUAUUAGAGCACAGAUUCACUAUUCUAUUAAGAUAGGUAUAUGGAAGGUAAAAAAUGUCAACUGUACACGAAUGAGAGCCCAAAGAUAUUUGGCGUAUACUGUAAUAGCGUUAGUGUCCUUAAGGUUGUGUCCUCUCCUCUAAUAUCUUAGAGAAUAUACCAUAUCUAUUCGUCCCAUUAUAUUUUAUACCAGAAGCAAAUGUUGAUAUUGGUUUAAUUAUAUGUGAGUCCAAUCAAGAAGAAAGACACCAUUAAAAUAAAUGUUUUGCAAUAUGCACUGUUAAUGUUGAUAUUGUUUUUUCAGCAGUUUAACACUAAAUAUGGAUCAAUGGGCAUCAAAUGUCUUGCCUGUUUUGAAGGUAUGGCUAUGGCAGUGAUUACAUUCUAAAAGCAGUGAGCUGACAUAAUCAGCCAAUCACAGUUGCCUGUUACUGCUCAGUCUAAUUCUUCCUCAUUAGUCAAAGGGCCACAAAGAGCGUGGGUUGCUGGGGACUCUCAUUUAGCAUUGCACAUGAAAAACAGUUCAAUGGCAUGAACAGGACAGUGUUAAGGAACUCCAGACACUAUGACCACUUCAAUUAGAUGAAACAUUUACAGUGCCUACAGUGUCCCUUCAACAAUAUCUGCUCUGUUCUGGUGUGUAUCUUGACUUAUAAUCAAAGUUAACAGAGAUAAUAGACUUGUGCACUGCAAGAAACUUUUGUAUGACUUGAUUCAACCAUAAAGAAAAAUACAUUUUGGGCGAAUUGGGUUUAGUCCUCAGACUUUUCGUUUCAGACAUUUUUUGACUAUAUGUUUGUUUUAGGAAAGAUGAUUCAGAUAUACCAAAAUGGAGUGCAAAAUGCAUGUAUUUGUGUACUGAAAAAUAUAUACAUAGUAUAGAUAUUUAUAUGAAAAGCUAGAAAGCUCAACCCUUGUAUUUAAAAUGAAUUCUAUGAUAACACAUUUAGAUUAAGACAUUACAUACAUUUGGUCACUAAAAUAAUGUAUCUUUUUGUGUUGAUUAUAUUUCAGGUUGGUCCAGAGAUUGCCUGCAAGAGUGGAAAGAAUUUAUGCUUCUAGCUAUUCCUAGCAUGUUCAUGGUGUGUAUAGAAUGGUGGAGCUAUGAAUCUGGAGCAUUUUUAUCAGGUUGGUUUCUUUCCAGAUGGCUUUAUUAAAACCAAAUUCUAGCAUAUUUUAGUUGAAACACAGUAUAAAUGUUAUUUUGGUACUCAUAGUGUACUUAUAGCUCCCUGUACCUUGGCUGGGUACCUCCGCCAAGGACCACUUCCUAGCUGGAACAGGGGACAAACCGCAGGACUUCUGCCCACUCUCACCGUGGCAUGACUGGGGUCCUGGAACCGCUACCUCCUCAAGCCAAAUGGGGAACUCGCUCUAUCCACCCCCAGGCACUGGACAACACUUAGUCCUGGAAGCUCUAGUCCUUACAAGGACUUUCCCCAUUGAGUCCUCCACACGGGAACAAUGAUUAAUGAUUAGCCCUUUCCCCUCCCAGUAACCAGACGACACAUAGUUCUGGGAGUACAAGCUGGAAUGUUUUAAUCUGGCCAGAUGGCCUGCUUUUAUACAAUUCUGAAAACUUACAAGCACGCCCAUGACACUACCACAGAAAACAGGAUAAUCCCUCCCCUAUGCCUGUGAAAUAAUUGAGUCUAGAAAUGUACAAAACUCGAUUAUCUCCAGACACAAAAAACACACAUUUCACAAACACCCCAAAAGUACCUUAAAAUGACAUUAAAAAACCCUAAAUGUUACAUCCCAUGAAAGCUCUGAUCUGGGUGACCAACAUAUUCGAAAAUCACCCAGAUUGGUUCAGGGGUUCGUGAAUUUCCUGGAAGUCCUAAUUUGACCAACCGCACAUGAGGCUCCUGCCCAUAACAGUGCCAUAAGAUCAGGGCUAGCGGUCGAUCUAAUUCGGUAGUUUAAAACCGAACAAACUAUCGAACAUAGUCAAUAGUCUUACCCUGGAGCUUGUUCCCCUUGUUCGUGGGAACAUUUCCACUGAACAGUGGCCUCCUAAGUGUUGUAGAACCGAACGCUGGUGAUUCUGGAAGUGCAGCGAUGUUCAGGAUUUUCUGUGUCCGUUUUCAGUUCCAUGAACUCGGCGACCAAACACCGCUGCCUGCGUUCGUGCAAGCAAGAUGGCCGCCACCUCGUGGUUAUCCAUAGGAAAUGUGAACACUUAGAACACUGCGGUGGAAAUUGCUACAAAGUAGUAACAAGCUCCCGGGUGGUCUUUGGUUCGUGUGGCUGCUCGGUUCCGAACCAUAUAGUACAAAUACACGAACGGAGACUUUUACGGUGCAUAUUACAGGACCAAUAGUCUGUGGGCAGGAGGCUGGCAAGCAGGCUCCUCCAAGAGCUCAUGGCAAAUUCACGUGAGAAGGGGAGUUUGUCACAUAUAGUAUGGAUCAUUAAAUAACUCUGGUAGCAAUGGCUGUUGGUUGAAUUUAAUUUACUAUCAGUCAUAAUAAUUUCUGCAGCUCUGAAAAUGUAUUUGUGUGGUUCAAGAAAACUAUAUCUUGUCCGUAGGUGCUAUCAGCGUGGUGGAACUUGGAGCACAGUCCGUAAUGUUGGAAUUGUCGACAGUGGCUUAUUUGGUGAGAAAUUUGCUGAAGCACUAUUACAGUUUCUUUUAAAUGAAUUAUCUAAUCUGUAGCAUUUAUUACCCCCUUCUAUUUUUUUUUUUUUUUACCUGUGACCUUUUUGGCAUAAUUGUUUAAAGGUUAUUGUUACUUAAAAUUAAAAUUAAGUGUUGCUCUCCACUCCCCAUCUGACAUCACUGGUGUCAUUACAAGGUCCAAUCAAUUGCAUCAUAUAGAUGUUUUAAGACUAUCAGUAGCUCCCUAUUCACAAAAAGGCUUGUGAAACGUAUGUAUUUUUCUCAAGUCAUUUUGUGAAUUGAGAGUUAUUGAUUGGAUGAAAACUUCAGCUGACGCUGUCAGGUAACCAGUGGCUCCCCUGUCCAAGGCUUCUCAACCCUCAGAUAAAGCAGAAGGAGAGGGGGAAGUUAGAUGGAGCUGAUUCAACACUUUGGGGUUUACCUGCUAGUUACCGGUUUAUCCCCUAAAAGUAAGUCAUUGCCAGGGACCUCCUGGCACCAUGACAACUUCAUUCAGAUGAUGUUGUCAUGAUGCCCAGAGUGUAACUAACUUUUGCCUCAAUUUAAUACGAUUUCCUAAUGAUUCAAUACUGUGAGAAAAAAUUCCAAAUUAUGUAUCCACAAAAAAAUCCUAAAGACAUUAAUGACAAAGUAAAGUUGUAAAGUUUUUCUAACCGCAAUUAAUAAUUUAAAAUGCUGAUUAACUUAAAGCUUUUGUCAGAUAUUUAUAAGUUCUUUUUAUCUAACCUAUAUACCUUUUAUCAUCUCUUUCUACACUCCUCUAUGCAUGUAUUUUCCAUCCAGACACUGACAGUCAGCUGCUUCCCUGACAUCAUAUUUAGAUAUUGGUUGCAGAUUUUUUAAUACAUAAAUGUGAUUUUGAUGAUACAAACUAGAAUUAAACCAUUAUUACCUUAUCGUUUUUUACAUCCACAGCUAUCUUUGGGUUUUGCAGGAGCCACAAGUGUCAGGGUAGGAAUUGCUCUAGGAGCUGGAGAUGUCAAGCUAGCCAUAUUCACUUCUAAAGUUUCACUUUUUAGCACAGGUAAGCCAGCAAUUACAGUUUCAAAGAUCUUAUUAAAAAAUGCCAUGUAUAUCCGUGAAAGCUACAAGGUAAUUUAUUAAAGUGAGAACCGCAGUAAAUUUGAAUUUAACACCCAAGUAGCAGAAACAGAAUCAUAGCUGAUUGUAACAAUUAGUCCAGUUUGGCUAUUUUAACCUAAAGGGUUACUCCAGCCCAUUUUUGUUUGCUAUAGUUGUUUUAUUUCUGUUUAAAGUGCCCUAUUUGUUAUUAAAUAUAAAAAUCACUAAAAUAUAGUUUAAAACUUACCUGGGAACCAGUGCUGAACCCUGAUGAAGUUUAUGUAUGGACGUAACGCGUAGGACCUGGGCUCUAUGAUACACUUUUAAUAUAUAUUAUUUAAAACCACUAGUUUUUUGGUACAAUAAAAGGAUUUUUUUUUACCUACCUGGAUUCUCGACUUCUCUCCGUUCCUGAAUUGAAAGCAUCAGUAACACACUUGGGAAGACUGUAGCUUGAAUGAGACUGCAUACUGGAUUAUUAUUACCACCAGGGGAAUUUUACAUGAUCUAUACACUAAAACCUUCCGUAAGAUAAAGUUGUUUUGGUGCUUAUAGUGUCCCUUUAAAAUCUUCAGCCAAGCACCACAACUCUUCAAUGUUUUGAAGAAGUCAUGGUGCAAGCAACCUUUCAUACUGAAACUUUGAAAACACAGAGAAAAUUGAGCUAACUCCGGAAGCAUCACUAGCUAACCUGGUACAAGACUUCCAGGCUGACUGUCAUUUCUGUUUGUUUUCAGUGUUGAUGGUCUCAGCCAAUAAAUGACCAGCAGAAUCAGUAUAUUCUUCUGUAGUCACAAUCUAAGGAGGGUCGAUGCCUGGCAGGACCCAGGAAAAAGACCAACAUUUGGAAAACAGUUUGCUCUAUAACCGGGGAAUAGCAGCGGGCUGUAAUGGUUAUGAUGCUUUGAUUAUCCUUUAAAAUAAUUUGUGGCACAAUGUAGCAAAAUAAUUUGUGAGUAAAAUGUUUUAUUACACUUCUUUGCAAAAGUGAUGGUAGGAGCCGCACUCAAUCCCAGCAGCCACCCGGUGCUCUGGAGCAGGACCAGCAAUCCCACAACGAUAAGGCAACACAAGAAAUUCUCCAGGCACUCAAGGUGUUUAAGCCGCAGGCAGUUUUAAUGUAACAAAAAAGAGCAGCAACAUUUCAAGCUUCUGGUCUUCUAUUAUUCCAUGUGCCAUGCCCAGUGAGCAUAACCUGUUCUAAUCAAAAAAAUUUAGUAGAUGCAGGGAAUGGUUACCCAUUAGUAUGGUUGAUUUUAGCACUUAAUGGGUUAAUUUUGCAGCUAGAGUAAUCUGCCAUUUGUCUUAACACAGGAAAACAUUUGCAAAUUAGGUUCCUUCCUCUUGAUUUAAACCAAACAUUUAGCUGUUUCCCCCUGACCAGGUUUGCAACUUUGCACCCAAGGAAAAUGCAUGUGUAUUUGCCCUCUCUGCUUAGGAAACCUUGUGCCCUUUUAAUAUGCUAAUUGACAAUUAGGAGUCAGGAACCAGGCUUUCUGCUUAGAGCCAUAUCCCAUAAAAAUAUUAAUAAUAACGUAGAGAUGAAUAUUUGUGCCUCCUCUUCUACAUAUUCAACAUGCUGAAGGUAUUCACUACAAAAGAAGCCUAAAUAUGACCAGCCGUGGAAUUAGGAAAGUCAGUUGUUCUAAGUUGCUGACAGGUCUAGUAAAGUGUCUUUAGAAUGAAGGAAUUAUGGCAAAUCCACAUAUGAAAAAAAUAUCUCUGUAUCCAAGAGAGGGAACCUUCUCCAAACCCUUGUAUAUAUAUUAUUUCAUUAAAUCGGCCAAAUGUUAAAUGGUUAGUGUCAUCAAGCCAGAAUGCCUAGUCAAGUCUACCCUCCACCUUUUACUUGUUCAGGGCCAGCUUGGAAACUCAAGAUGGGCAGCAAAGAUAUAAAAUCUUUGAAUUUCCAAAUUGUUACCAGACAAAUCAUUAUCAGGCCAUUUAAGCAGGAAAUCUUACCAUUUGUAUAAUGUCUGGGCCCUCAUUGACAGAGUUGUAGGUAGUAAAUUAGUUUGACUAGCAAAUCAUGCAUCUCUUUUUAGCUAUCUUUCAAGCCAUAUUUCUUGACAGCCUGUUCAGUUAACAACUAAUUUCCUAUAACAGUAUGUCAAGUAUUGUGUUAAUAUAACAUCAUGUAAAUAGAAAUUCAUGUGAUAAUAUAAUAAUCGAAAGUUUGGUAAUAAGUUAUGUUUGCAAUUUGUUUAGUUUUUUUUUUUUUUUUUUUUUUUUCUCAGGAGUUUUUGCCCUACUGACUUCUAGUUUUAUAGCUGCAUUACACAACCACUUGGGAUAUGUUUUCACUACAGACAGGUUGGUACAUGAAUGUAUUUGUGUCCCUUGGUCUAAUUUAGAAUUAGAUAUAUAGAAGCAUUGAAUUGAAUUCAGUCAGUUUGUGUGAAAGCCACUAGAGACGUGUUCUUGAGCAAAUUACACAUUAUAGUGAUCUUGGUGUCCAUUUGUUUAACAAUAAUAUAUAUAUAUUAAAAAAUAUAUUAUUAUACUUUUUUUUACAAUUGCACAUACAAUGCUUGUGGACUUAUUCAGUAAACUUUGCAUUGUGAUGAGUGUAAAACAUUUUCAUAAAUGUCAGUUGAUCCCAUACUCUGCACAUUUCCUAUCAAAACACAACAGACUUUAUUCUUAAUUUAGUUUUACAGCUCAAUGUAGAAGUGUGGUCCAUCUAGAUCAUGUAAAAUUAAUUUGCCGAUAUCUUAUAGGAACACUAUAGCAUUAUGAAUACAUAUCUGCAUUCCUAACGCCAUAAUCUUAAUGUCCCUAGUUGUUUUCAGCCCACCAAGUGAACUCUGUUAAAAUGAAAUAAAAAUGAUUUUGCUCACCUUUACUCCAGGUCUGAGUCUCCCUUGUGGUGCCAUGGGCUCCUCCGCAUGUGAUAUCAUCCUGGAGGAAAGCUUCCACUAUGAAAAUCCAAUCCAAUGCUCAUGGGUGUGAGAGCUGGAAAGUAACUGUCCGGCUGUCCUACCCAGAGGGUUUGGAUGCGUGGCUUGAAGCUGCACUUCCAAGCCUUCUAACUAUUAAAAUAAAAGGUUUUGCAGGGUAGAACAGAGGGGAAUGGGAGUGGGGGAGCAUAUGACUGAAGGUACUAAAACAACUUCAAUAAGAUUAAGGUUUGUUACUUUAAGCAUGUAGCCUUCAUAAAUGACUGACAUCCUUAAGGAUAUUCUGUUCUAACUAAAUAUUCAAAAUAGUCACAGUAACAAAAUAUACUAAUGAUUAUUCCAACAUCCACAACUUUACUUUUCUUUGCUAACUGUUCUCUUAUACGCUGACAUUUGUGAUGAAAGAAACCAUUAUUUCAGUAUUUGUAGAAAAAUGACAUGCUCAUUGGCGUGUUGGGGCAAACAAUUGUCAUUUUAUAGGAAAGCAAUGCUCAUUCAAACUUUAGGCUCAACCUUUUCAGGAGUGGACGUAUGACACUUCCGUCUUCUAAACAUUUUUUGUAUGUGCCUGUGGUAGAGACAGCUUCUGAAUUCUCAUGUAUUCCUAUAAGCUAGACUGAUUCAGAGCAUAGCGUAGCAAAUAUUUCCAGCAGAUUUAUACUUUUUACACUAUAGUCACCAAAACCACUUUAGCUUAAUGAAGCAGUUUUGGUGUACAGAUCAUGCUCCUGCAGUAUUAAAGGGACACUAUUGUCACCAGAAAAACUACAGCUGCAUUUGUUCUGGUGAGUAGAAUCAUUACCUUCAGGCUUUUUGUUGUAAACACGGUCUUUUCAGAGAAAAUGCAGCGUUUACAUUACAGCCUAGUGAUAACUUCACUGGCCACUCCUCAGAUAGCUGUUAGAGAUCCUUCCUGGGUCAUGGCUGCCUAAAAUGCAUCCAAACAUUCAGUGUCUCCACCCUCUGCAUGCAGACACUGAACUUUCCUCAUAGAGAUACAUUGAUUCAAUUCAUCUCUAUGAGGAGAUGCUGAUUGGCCAGGGCUGUGUUUGAAUUGUGAUGGCUCUGCACCUGUUAGUCUCAGCCAAUCCUAUGGGGAAGCAUUGUGAUUGGAUCAGGCUACCACUUCUGCUGAUGUCAGCAGGCAGUGGCAGGUCUACAGGAAACAGGGACAAAGCCUUCAGCUCCAGACUUGAAUACAAAUAAGAUUUUACUAUUUUUAGGGAGGCAUGAGGGGACCAGGGUGGCUAGAUGGUGGUUUUAACCCUAUAGAGUCAGGAAUACAUGUUUGUGUUCCUGACCCUAUAGUGCUUAUUUAAAUCACCGUGUUUUUGUGUCACACCUACCUGCAUGUGACUAAGACAGCCAUUCUAAACACUUCCUGUAAAGACUCUAGUGUUUCAACUUCUUUUAUUACAUAUUCUAAUUAAAAAGAUAUAUCUCCUGCUCUGUUAAUAGCUUGAUAGACCAUACAGGAACCUUGUGUAUGCAAAGUUCAAAUUAUAGAGCAAAAAAACCAAAAAAACUUACAUCUGAUUGAAAAUGUUAUAUUUUUGUCUCACGCAGGCUGUGUCAGUCACAGCAAGGGGAGGUGUGUCUAGGGCUGCAUGACAGAAAUAAGUGAUUUAACUCCUAAAUGCAGAGAAUUGAGCAGUGAGACUUCAGAGGCAUAAUCUAUACACAAAAGCUGCUUUAUUUAGCUACAUUUGUUUUGGUGACUGUAGGGUCUCUUUAAAGGACCAUUAUAGUGCCAGGAAAACAUACUCGUUUUCCUGGCUCUCUAGGGUCCUUGGGUGCCUCUCACCCUCAGGGCCCCCCUCCCACCGGGCUCUAGGGGGAGUAAGGGGUUAAUCCCUUACCUUUUUUCCACCGCCGGGCUCCCUCGGCGCUAGGGCCUCUCCUCCUCCUUUCUCCGUCAUCGGCUGAAUGCGCAUGCCGCGCGUGCAUUCAGCCAGUCCAUAGGAAAGCAUUCUCAAUGCUUUCCUAUGGACGCUGGCGUCUUCUCACUGUGAAAAUCACAGUGAGAAGCGCGGAAGCGCCUCUAGCGGCUGUCAAUGAGACAGCCACUAGAGGCUGGAUUAACCCUAAUGUAAACAUAGCAGUUUCUCUGAAACUGCUAUGUUUACAUUAGAAAGGGUUAAUCCUAGAUGGACCUGGCACCCAGACCACUUCAUUAAGCUGAACUGGUCUGGGUGCCUAUAGGGUUCCUUUAACACAUGACUGGCUUUUAGACAUGCAAACUACACCUCUGCCGUUUAUGUAUGCUACUAGAGUAGAUCAGUGGUAACCUAAUUAUCAUAAUUUUUUUUUUCUUUACCUUUAGUGAUAUUCUUUUCCUGGUUUCACGACUCCUCCUGAUCUUAGCUCCACUUCAUAUUCUUGAUGCUCUCAAUGUAAGUUUUCCAGCUGCAAUGAUUUGUAACAACUGCGAAAUAGGCACAUAUAAGUAAAUAUAUAGUAAAACAUUUACAUCAUAAAAAAACAAUAUUUUCUUUUAGUGCUUGUGCGGUGGAAUAUUGCAAGGAUCAGGGAAGCAAACUGUUGGAGCAGUGGUAACUGCAGUGGGACAUUAUAUCAUAGGUUUGCCAUUAGGAAUCGGAUUGAUGUUUGGUUUAAAGCUUGGAGUAAUUGGUAAGUGACACAAACAUGAUUCGUGCAAUAAGUAGGUAGUUGUGCUGGGUUAUUCUUUUCUCUAUUGUCUUUUCUUAAUAAUUACUAAUAAGUUUUUAAUAAGAUUUUUGCUUUUAAUAGGAUUUACUGUACAUGCCCAAAUCAUGCUUGUGGCAUGCCUUUAGUAUUUAUGUAUAUGUAUAAAUAUUUUAGCCUGUUGUAAAUUUUAACCCUUCCAAAGCCAUGGCUAUCUACCCACUGUGAUUCCACAGGGGGGUUCCACUGAGCAGUGCGCUGUAUAAGAGAUCCUAUAUAUUACCCAUUUUGUUGUUUAACACAUUUGUUGGCAAAAAGCUGGCAAGCAUUAACCUUGCAAUGUGCCACCAAAAGUGCCAAUCCAUAGGCACUCUGACGUUAGUUCCAUAUAUUCUGUAAAUAUACUUUCGUACUUAAGGAAAUAACCCCAUGUGAAUAUGUGCCCAUCUGUAUGGCUGAAUAAGUGCAAUUUUACUGUAUUUGCAUUCCCCUGCAACUGUGGUGGUAUGGAAAAAACAGGUUCUACUUUAGUGCAGUAUAUUCUUAUAUAUGUGUAUUGUAGCGGAGAGGUAGUAUAAUCCACAGUAUCUCCGCUGGGUAACAGGAACAGCAUAGCUGUAAUGUAAACGCUGCAUUCCAGGGGUGGUACAGUAGGGGACUACAUGGGGAACUUAACAACCUGGACAUUUCUCCCAUCAUGCACUGCUGGACGAGAGGGAUACUCCCACUGGAAUAUCCCGUUAAGUGGAUUAUCCCUCCGUGCACCAGAAUCGAUAUUUCACAUAAAAAUGUAUAACUUUUGCAUUAUUCACUCUAUUUAAACGAAUGGACGUUCGGUAGAUAGCUGGGGUCUGAGCGCACAGUUUGUGAAAGUACCGCUCAGAUCCCAGCAUAACCAACCGAACACCGCACGAAAUACACAUUUUCUAGUUUCAUUCAAAGUACCGAUUGACAUUAGGGGAACAAACUACCGAAUGACCGGGGCUCCCGAACGGCCUGGAAGUCCAGAGGUAUUCGUGCCGUCGAGUAGCCGAUUUUAGUUCCAAGCGCUCGACGACCAAAUACCGCUGGGCUAACAAAGGAUCCAAGAUGGCCGACCGCCGUGUGGUCGGUAGCCGAACGGCGGCCACCCUGAAUCGCUAUAAUUACGGAAUGAAACAUUGUUGCAACACUUAAUAGGAGCCACACGACCUCCUGUGUGUGGUCUCCCAUUCGGUAGUUAAUUUGUUUCACGAACAGGGGUGGAAUUCCCUGUUCGUGAAACUACUGUAUGAAUGCUGGUGGCUUUCUUGCCGCCAGCAUACGAAUGCUCUCGUUCGCACAGUAUGCUUAUACAGAUAUUCCCUUGGUUCUUACAGUCUUUAAAGGUAUAGUAACAGGUACAUGAAAAUACAUCCUUAAGUGGCUUGUUUUGCCACAUGUAUAUAUAUAUUGGAUUGGCUAAAAUGGGCAAGGGGGCAGGGCCAACCACCAUAUUGGCCAAUCAACACCUCCUCAUAGAGCUGCAUUGAAUUAAUUAAUUAAUUCCCAUGCAGAGCAUGGAGACGCUGAACGGCACUGCUGCCUACUUUGCAGCACUGAGCCAUUAAGCACCUCCAGUGGCCAUCUGAGGAGUGGCCACUUGGAGGUGUCCCUAGUGACAAUGUAAACACUGCCUUUUCUCUGAAAAGACAGUGUGUGCAUGAAAAUGCCUGCAUAUAAUGAUUAUACUCACCAGAACAACUACAUUAAGCUGUAGUUGUUCUGAUGACUAUAGUGUCCCUUUAGCUUUUAUUUCUUUAUCUAAAAUCAGUCGACAGUUCAUUCCAUCCUUGGGGACUUUCAUCAGGACAAAUAAACAGUGUAACAGUCAUCCUUCUCACAAUAUAUACCGAAAUUAAUGAUGUGAUCAGGCUUACCCUGUACAGAUGCUCAGAGACUCCGACCGAUCCAUGGCGUGCAGGUCUAAUGCUGCCCGACAGCAUGCAAUAGGCCUGAAGCCAAAAGGGGCCGGAUGCUUGCGUUCCAACCCAUUGCUAAGGACACAGCCAGAAUGCAAGUGUCAGUGAUGCGAGAGAUGGUAAAAUGAUCUGUUUAAUCCAGGCUCAAUGGCCUGCUUUUAUAAAAUACAGGAACACAGUAAACACGCCCAUGACACUCCCAUAAACACACCCACAAAAUGUAAUGUCACAAUGACUAAGCAUAAAAUGACAAAUUAUUAGAAAACACACAUAUUUCGCAUAGAGGAACCCCUAUAGUUUACACAUCCCCGGAUAGCCUGGAUCUGAGUGCCCAAGUUGUCCAAACAGCGUUCAGAUCCCACGAAUACAGCCGAAUCGCCACCGGGGUGUAGUUUUGACCGACCGCUCACGAGGGGCCUGCCCAAAAAUAGUUCCAUAGUUUUAGAGGUAGCGAUCGGUCAUGUUCGGGAGGUCCAAAACGUAUGAAAAAGGAGAACGGUUCCCCUGGCUUAUUGGUAGCAUUUAUUCGUGGGGUCCAUACGAACAAACCUACUGAACAGCGCUCUCCUGGCUUGCCACAAAAGGAAGCAGGCGUUCGCGUAGUUUCACAGGUGAUCGCGCCGUCGAGUGUCCAUCUUGGAGUUACAGACACUCGACUGCCAAGUCCCGCUGCCUACUUUCGUGCGACAAGAUGGCCGCUGUUUUCUCCACCAUGUGGCGUUUGGUUAUACGAGUGGCGGCCACACAGAGAGAGCACUUAAUUCUUGCGGUUUUCUUUGUACUUAAUGAGCCAGGGGGUGGUCGGUGUUUGGUACUUUAUAAUCCCAAAUGUGAGGAAGGCAUAAAACAAAGUUUUGAACAGGUUCCUGAAGUGAGGAGGAGAAUAUCUCCUGGGAAGGCAAAAUAGGGGUUUUGUCACACAUUGCCAUACUGACACUGUCAAUCACCGCCAUACUGACACUGUCAUAAAGACAUACAGACACUGUCAUACAGAGCCCUAAAACCUCAGGCAUACAGUCAUACAUGCAGUCACAAUUGACACUUGCAUCUUGCUGGAGAGCAUGCUGUCCUGCUCUAUGGAGUACUAACCCUGCAGUCAGACACCAUCACUAGCACACUUUGUGGUAUAGAGGGAGCAAGGAUAUGACAUGAUUCAUAUCCCUGACAUCUGCACACAAGAGGUACUGGCAUAGCUCGGUCACACUUCAUGAAGUGCCCAGCAGUAGAAGUGUGCUUUAAGGUAGUGCCGGCCCUGCCUGCAAAGUAAAACAUUGCAGUUUUUUGGAAACUGCAAUAUUUACAUUGCAGUGUUAAUUAUACCUCAUGUGGCUGUCAGUAUGAAAGCCACUAGAGGCGCUGCCACUAAAGUACAAUUCGGUCAAGUGACACGGAUGCCUCCAAAAGAAAGCAUUUUCUAUGGAAAAGUUUGAAUGCAUGCACAACACUCUCCAUGCAUUUGCAUUAGGCACCCUCUAUUAGCUUGGGCCAUCACAGAGGAGGCCACUGUUCCUCCUUAACAUCACUGGAGGCAGAGAGGUAAACAGCACAGAGGGAGCUAGAACAAAAAUGUAAGUAAAUCUUUUAUUUUAGAUCAUAUAUAGUGAAUGGGGUGGAACCUGACUAUUCCUAAUGCUAAAGUGAUCCUUUAAGGGUAUUUUACAGAAUAGCUGUACCUUUUUCCAAACUUCCCUGGAUUUCCCAUUAAUUAUGGUUGAGAUUUCAUCUUAGGAAGCGGAAAGCAAGUGUGUGCAUUGAUUUUCUCUAGUUUUUAUUGGGUAAUAUUCUCUGAUGAUCACUCUUUCUUGUUUUCUUCAGGACCUCUCCGCCCUCCAUGUUAACACAAACCUUCUUCCUCUUGGCCAUCAUAUCAAGGCUUUUGAAAGGAAAGGAAGCAUGAUAUGGAAAGAAAGCAUUAAAUGAAAUAUAGUUGAGACUGAAUGGCUUACUGACUGUGUGUGUUCAUUCUAUAGUAGGGACUGAAUGGCUUACAUACUAUGUCUGAGGAUGUGUGCAUGCUAGCGUAGAUUUCCAAGCACUGUAGGAUGUUAGUCUUCCUAUAAAUUUGCUAAUUACUCUUGCUGUAGCCUCUUCAACUACCAACCUCUCAAUCUCCUUUUUUUCUGUACUCUUUCAUCAGUUCUGUGUUGCUGUAAACUUUUUUUUUUUUUUUUGCAACCUAUCCUUAGCUAAAGCUUUCUUUUUCUUACUUGCUCACGGUCUGCAGUUGUACAGGCUAUAAAGCAAAAAUAUCAGCAGUUAGUAAAUAAUAUUUAAAUUUAUAGUUCAUAAUAUAUAUUUAAAAUGGUCUGUGUGAUUAAAUUCUCAUUUUCAAAACAAAAGUUCUUUCUACCGCAACUGGCCUGAAAUUGAUGUGAUAAGUGAGAAUGGUUUACAGAAAAUUAGGAUCCUUAACAUGUUUUGCUAGCAAUGAUGAAGCCAUGAUGACUCAGAAAAGUUUUUUUUAUUUAAUGUACAUAGACAUUAAUUAAGUAUAUUUUCAUAAUUUAAAAAAAAAAAAAUUUAAAUGUACAAAACCACCUGUAUGUCGUAUCUAAAGUGAUCAUCAAUAGUGUCAUGCACACAGUCCAACAAGAGAAUGUUAAACUCUUAACUGGAGAAAUAUAAAGACAUCUCCUUACCUGGUAGCCAUCUUGAAGGUACUGGCAGAUUUGUUGUUUCAUUCAUUCUGUACGUGAUAACAGUCCUUUAAAAUUGUUGUAGAGGAAGAAGAUCAGUAAUGGACACCUUAUUUUUCCCUCUCUUUUUUGAUUAUUAUUAUUAUACAUACAUAUUCAGUUAAUCAUUUUAAUGUCUUUUGAAAAUAGCAAAACAUCUAGUAGAACAUCCUUUGAUUUUUUUUCAGAAUAUUUUCAUUUUACAUAACACACAUCCGGUCAUAGCUGGACAUUUUGCUAAUGAGAAUUUCAUCAGAAAAUAUAAUAAGAUACAAAAACAAUUCACAGUUAUGUUGAAAGUACUCUUUUGUGAAAGGUGGAGAAAACUAUUAUCUUUAUUAUGAUAUUUUGUUAUAUAUCUAAAUUACAUGUUUUUUAUUUAAAAACAUUACUGCCAUGCUGUUCUAAUGGUUUCAUGAAAAUGCUCACAUAAUACUUUUCAAUGGCAAACAAGCAUGUCACAGUAUCCCUGACAGUAUUCAUUUCUACAUAUUGUGCACUGUAGCACUUUAUCCAAUCUUAAUGUUUGAAAUAUGUCUUUGUUAAGGUCUUUGGAGUGGAAUGAUGGUGGCAAACCUUUUGCAAGUUACAUUCUUUGUGACUUACAUUUUACGAAUGAAUUGGAGCAAGGCCUGUGAAGAGGUAAAUUUAAAUAUUCCUACAAAUUUUUUAUUUAGUGUCUUGUGAAAACAUGGCUGUUUAUCCCUCACCUACGUACAUACACGUUGAUAGCAGAAGGGGAAACAAUAUACUGUUUGUCUCUGAUAACAAUAGCCAAAGCCAUAGCAUUUCAUUACAUCAACUCACACCUUUGAUAUUAAAAUCACUUUCUGUCAUUCUUGAAGGAGAAUUUGUUAAGUAAGACGCAAAAUUUUUUUUCCUGGAUAGUAAAACCCACUAACCAUGGCACAUGGGAUCUUAAAUCAAAGCAUAGCAAGACACGAGCAAACAUCAUAGGGUGGUAGUUGUAACGGUGCACUGGGUGUGGCAUCAGCCUUGCUGAUCAUGGACCUCAGCGAAUUGGAAAGACAACCAAAGUCUUUACUCAAACGAACUCUAGAAAAAUGAACAAACAAGGAAGAACACUUCUUAAAAUGGCUUGUGGCCUUAAUAUAAUACUCAAGGACAUGGACAUCAUCUAAAUUAUACAACAACUUCUUCUCCUUACAGUUGAAAGACAAACUAAGAGGUCAACAAUCUCCUGGUUAAUUUUAAUGGAGAUGCCCUCCUUUGGCAAAAAUAAUCAGUACUCAUAACUGCUCAAUCCUUAUGAAAAACCAAUAGAGCAGGGGUUCCAAACCCAGUCCUCAAGUACCCCCUACCAGUCCAGGAUUUAGGGAUUAUCUUGUGUCUAAAGUGUUUUUUUCAUCUUUUUCUAAAACCACUGUGGACACAACUGAGUAAUCCCUAAAUCCUGGACUGUUAUGGGGUACUCGAGGACCGCAAGAGAGAGCUGAAAUUUCAGAAAUUCUCUUGUCAGAGGAAAAUGCCUGAAGUCACUUUCCAGGUGCAAUUGCAAGUCUUUUUUUUUUAUUAUUAUUCUUUUUUUGUUGUUGCAGUGCAUAGGAUAACAUACACACACGGCCGUCUUUAACGUGGGGCAAACGGGGCAGCUGCCCCAGGCCCAGUUGCUCCUGGGGGGGCCCAGGGCAGCUGCCCCGUGGGCCCCUUGAUUUGUGCAGCCCCCAUGGACCCGGCGGUGCGUCUGCACAAAGCCGCACCAGCCUGCACACUAAGGAGGCCCCCCAGGUGGCCCAUGCACUAAGGGCCAUCUGGUGGGCAUUUGUCAGCAGGGGCCCGGUCGGGUGCUGUGGCGCUUAAACAGCGCGACCGGGCCCCUUCAUAUUCAGCAGCCGGCUGGGAGGAAGUGAGUGCCUCACGUCAAUUCCUCCCACCGGAGAUAAGAGCCGUGUGGCAGUAGGAAUGCAGGGAGGAGCUCCAAAGGAUAACUCCCAACUGCCUCAGCCUGCUAUUGGACCCCAGGGAAACCACCCUCCAGAAAAAAGGUAAGAGCCUGGAGGGUGGCUAAAUGUAUGUCAGUAUGUCUGUGUGUGUGUGUGUAUGUCAGUAUGUCUGUGUGUGUUAAUGUCAGUAGUAUGUCUGUGUGUGUGUCAGUAGUAUGUCUGUUUGUGUGUCAGUAUGUCUGUGUGUAUAUCAAAAUGUGUGUGUGUGUGUCUGUCAGUAUGUCUGUAUGUGUCAGUAUGUCUGUGUGUGUCAGUAUGUGUCUGUCAAUACAUCUGUCAGUGUAUGUGUCUGUGUGUUUCAGUAUUUUUGUCUGUGUGUGUCAGUAUGUGCCUGUCAAUACGUCUGUCAGUGUAGGUGUCUGUGUGUUUCAGUAUAUCUGUCAGUGUAUGUGUCUCUGUGUGUAUGUCUCAGUCUCUGUGUAUGCCAGUAUGCCUGUGUGUGUGUGUCAGUGUGUCUGUGUGUGUGUCAAUACGUCUGUCAGUUUAUGUGUCUGUGUGUGUUUCAGUAUUUCUGUCAGUGUAUGUAUCUGUGUGUGUGUCAGUAUAUCUGUCAGUGUAUGUUUAUGUGUGUGUCAGCAUAUCUGUCAGUAUCUGUGUGUGUGUGUAUGUAUGUGUGUCUAUGUGUGUGUCAGUAUGUCUGCCAGUAUAUAUGUGUGUGUCAGUAUGUAUCUGCAAAUGUUUUAAUACUUCUCUCUGCGUGAGUAUGUGUCAGUAUGUGAUUCGGGGUUGGGCGUAAUUGGGAGGGUUAGGUGGGAGGGGCAGGCCCAGGGUCCUAUGCAUAUUAUAGAUGGCCCUGCAUACACACUUCUAUAGACAAUUCACAAGAUUAUAAACGACAGUAACAGAAUAUAGAUGCAUUCGAAAAUGUAUUUUAAACACUGCACUUAUUUAUAAUGAAUGCGAAAAGGCAUCAAGAAUAGGCUAGAAAAGUGUCUCUGAGGCAGGAGCCUAUAUAGAAAGGCAGAAUAAGUGUGACCAACAGUUUGCAUUAUGAGAUGGACAGUAAGGGUAUAUCAGUACAUAGUAAGCAGACUAACCAGGUAACUUGCCAAAAAGCAUAAGUUUGAGCAUAGGAGCUGCUUACAAAAUACAGUAGCCUGUCAAUGUGCAAUAAGGAAAAAUAAUACAUGCCUAAAAUUGAAAGGAAAACAUUUAAAUAUACAUGCUAAACAUCAGGUAACAACAAAACAUAAACCGCUAGGACCAUAGUAUGGAAACAUGCUGCUGUUCAAUAGAUAAGCCUCAGCUAAGGGCCCAUGAAGCAGGCUGAGGAAAACAUAGCAUAAGAUCAGUCACCCUAUACGCAAAGUGGGCACCAGCUGCCUGCGUUUGCUGUGUCUGUUAACAUUAUAGUUCUGGCAGAGCCAUUGCAGGGUUUUCUUCUUUCCUUGGACUCUCUCAGAAGCGGACAUCAUGAUUUUAUUGGGCCUCUAAACUUGGGGAGUACCUCUCCGGCUCCAAGCGAUGGUGCUCUCCUGUUUCGUGCCUCAGUACACCCAGCUGCGUCCAGCCUCAAGAGCAGAUCCCAUGCUUGUCUCUUUGCACACCACUUGCCUUGCUGAGCGGGAACCCUCCGAUUGAGCUUGCGGACUUGGACCCCUCUGGAACGCUGUGAAGGAGCAUGGUUUUGGGGCUUUUGAGCAGAAUUUCUGCAAGAUUGUAGGUGUUGGGGCCUCAGCCUUCUGUUUUUCACCAUAUUCAGGCAAUGAGGUGUACGCGUCAGCCUGGAGCAGGAUUGGCGAACACCUGUUUCAACCUUGUAUACAGAGGACAGGAAAGUGAUAAAAAAUGGCGCUAGUGAUCGAGUAGUGCUGCUAUGAACCGUGGAAUCUACCACUAAAUCCCACCAAAUACAGACAAGGAUAAAACAAAAGAAGGUUCAGCGCUCUACUAAUACACAAUACAGGUGCACAGUGUACUAUAAGUGCAAUAAACACAGAAAAUACAUACACUUAGAAUGGACUUUAUCCACAUAGAUCCAUGUUAAUGAGCCUGUAAAUAAAACUGGCUCAGGUAAACAGGCAUAGGUAGGAUGAAAGAAAUGUUCCUCAGCUCCUGUGUUCUCCCCCAGUGUUCACAUAUACAAUGGAAUGAUAAACAUGGGUUAAAGGUACAAUUCAAACAUUUAUUAUAAACAUAGAUAAACAUCCUUACAUACAGAAACACAGCAAGCUGUACACAGGAAAAACUUCUUUAAAAAACACAACGCGUUUCGGCAAACAGCCUUCUUCAGGUGUAUGUUGAUAGUUGUUAGGGGUCUUCUCCUUUAUUUCCAAAAUUUACGCCAAAAAUCUUGUUUGGAUCCGUCCACUUUACUUGCGUCACGUCACUUCCAGUCCGGCAUGACGUGUACUUCCGUCACAAAGUUCAUACAAAUCAUUAUGGCCAUACAAUCAUAUAUAUACAUCCUAGAAGUCCCUCCAGGGUAUAGUGGCUCUCUAAGACUUUCUCCAUGAGUGCCAUAAAUUCUUUGUUCUGGAAUACAUGGCCGAAAAACCGGAAGUGAACCGGUGGCCAUUUUGGAUAAGGGAAUUCAUGGUAUUGUCAUAAGGGCAUAGAAAAAAGAAAAGAGCAGUAUCAAUACUUACAUUUAAAAGUUAAAAACAUCAUAAAAUGUGAUAAUAAGGUUGAAACCUGUUUCAACUUUAUUUGCUGGUUCAAUAGGUGAGGUAUGGGUGGUGUAUGUGCCUCCAGAACCUCUGGCAGAUCUGGUUGAAGUGAGCCUCUGAGCACUUCUUCCAGCACAGGAGCUCUGAACCCUCCAGAGACUAUGGAGGUUGUGGUGUGGCAGCCAUUUUAGGAAUGGCAUGCGGACUUUGGCUCUGCAUUAGGGUUGUAUGUUGCAUGCAAGUGGGUUUCCCGAGUGGAGACCAGGAUAUCCCCUGUCUGUCCAAAGUAGGGGGGUAUGCCGUUUUUAGCAGACCCUGAGGCGGGAAAUUGGCUGCUUCCCCCAGCUUCCAGGUUGCCUACCAUGCUAGGCCACAUAAGCAGACUGUGGUAUAUCCACAGAUUCCUACUCGGUUCAGCAGCAAACCACUGUCAUUCCAGACUUUAAAUAUCACAAUUUUGGGCUAGAGCUCUCAGAAGACGUGUCUCGCCAUAUUAGCAAUCAGGCCCUUUCCCCCCCCUCUGCAAGUCUAAUAAAUGUGAAAUGUGUGAGCAGCAGGUUCAGGCAUAGGGAGGUCACAGGCCACAUCAUUGGCCUUGAUCCAUAAAGUUAUACAUAUUAUAUUAUCAGUUGUACAUACUAAUUGUCCACACACAGACCCCCACCAAUGGGCUUCAGAUGGAUAAUUAUUAGUACAAAACCAGACAUAGCUUGCGUGAAGUUUAAAGGGACACUAUACAGUUUUGGUGUAUAGAUCAUGCCCCUGCAGUCUCACUGCUCAAUUCUUUGCCAAUUAGGAGUUAAAUCACUUUUUUUAUGCAGUCCUUGUCACACCUCCCUGCAUGUGACUUACACAGCCUUCCUAAACACAUCCUGUAAAGAGUUAUCUAAUGUUUACACUUCCUUUAUUGGAAAUUCUGUUUAAUUUAGAAUUUCUCAUCUCCUGCUCUGUUAUUAGUCUACGGGAGCCUCAUGUAUUUAAAUAAAGUUCAAUUUACAGAGCAGGAAAUACAAACUUACAAAGUAAGUAACAUCUGAUUGAAAAUGAAACCAUUUUGUUUUCAUUCAGGCUGUGUCAGUCACAACCGGGGAGGUGUGACUACUUUUGGAUAAAGAAAAAUAAAAGUGAUUUAACCUAAAUGACAGAGGAUUGAGCAGAGAAAUUUAAGGGGCAUAAUCUGUACACAAAAACAGUUUUAUUAAGCUAAAGUUUUUUGGUGACUAAAGUGUCCCUUUAUAUGAGUGAAAUACUGGACGUGUGUUCACCUAUAUUCGACCUUUAUAGGGCAUAACCCUUAAUUCUAAUUGGUUGGUAUAUACAAAAAAGUUCCAAAUCUGAGACUCAGAGUUGGAAAUUCUAGUGUAAUAGUAGGAUACAAAACACAAGUAAAGUAUGUAUAUAUGUAUAUAAUUGUAGUGAAUUCCAAUCCCUCUUAAUAUCACAGCCUAUAAUUUUGAAAAAAAAAAAUGAUUAAGAAAAAAAACUUGUAUCUCUGUCUUUAUAAGUAUUUGGCUAAUAAAGCUUUCAAAGACAUUUACACAGGGAAAACAACACUAGUGCAUAAUUAACAGCCAUAAAGACUAGCAGUGCAUUGAUGUUAACGAGUUGGAUACAAGAGCAAAAAAAUAGUCAAAUCAGUACUAUAUGAAAAGUAUCAAAGAUCUAAAUGUAGCAAUUUAGAUCAGUGGGAAGAAAUUAGAUACAGCUCCUGAUUGGCAACUGUGAGCAUGAUCCCAGGAGUAAAGAGAAACAAUGUAGCUUAGCUAAGUAUUAGUAAGGUGGAUACAGUUUCUAAGUAGAAAGCAAAUCUCCCUAAAUCCUAAGAAUACUAGCCAACUAAAAGGGGUGUAUCACCUAAACUAUCAACCUGGAUCACUAACUAUACUGCAAAACUGAGUAUGUCAAGAAUUAAAAAAUUUAAAAGUAAAAAUAAUCAUGAAAACCCCUUCAGUGACUUACCUGACACCCCCCGCCGAUGUCCCUCGGCGGUGGUUUCGGGUCCGCCCACGCUCCUGCCCCGGCGGGGGAGACCGAUCGCGCAUGUGCGGCUGCCAGAGGGGGAGACCUAAUACGCAUGCGCGGCAAUGUCACACGUGCGCAUUAGACCUCUCCAUAGGAAAGCAUUGAAAAUGCUUUCAAUGCUUUCCUAUGGGGAAUUGAGCGACGCUGGAGGUCCUCACACAGCGUGAGAACGUUGUGUGUCCUCACACAGCGUGAGUCUGACAGAUAUUUUGAGGAUCUGAAGACUAACAGACCCACGUUUCCGGUUCACUCUGCUAUUAAGGAGGUCAUCCAUGAAGAAUGGAAUAGACCAGAGAGGAAAGCUACUUUAAAGAAUAAGACUCCACUGAUUAUAUCCUUAUGCGCAUGAGGACUACAAAUCAUGGAUUUCUAUUCCUAAGAUUGACGCUGCAGUCAUCCAUAUGGCAAAAAGAACUACUCUUCCCAUAGACUCCAUGGCAUAUUUGAAAGAGCCAAUGGAAAAGCGAUUGGACGCCAACCUUAUUAAGGCAUACCUGGCUCUGGGAUCAGCAUUACAUCCAGCUAUUGCCCUAACCACUUUAUCCAGAGCUCUUAAAAUCUGUAUUGAAAAUCUAGAUGAGGAUAUUACUAGAGGAGUCCGUAGAGAACACCUGAUGGAGGGCCUUAAAGAUUUAAAGCUAGCCACAGAAUUCUGCUCUGAAGCUUCCCUGGAUGUUACCAAGAUGGUUGCAAAAAGUAUAGCUGCCUGUAGCCUCUAGGAGAGCAUUAUGGCUACACUCAUGGGGAGCAGAUUACGUCUCUAAAGCUUCUCUAUGUGCUCUCCCAUUUCAAGGUUACCUGCUUUUUGGUAAGAUCCUAGAAGAUGCAAUUCAUAAAGCAGCCGAUGGGAAAAAGGCCUUUCUCCCACAAGGGAAAAGAAGAUUUAGUGCAUCUUACUGGAAGGAUAAAAAAUUCAGAGACUAAUCCUUUCGAGAUAGCAGAGCAUAUAGACCCGGGAGAGAAUAUUCCAGAAAUUCUAACUGGAGAAGCUAUCAGACAACUACAUCAAAACCUGUUAGGGGAAGAGGAUCUAGACCGACAAGUAAAAACUUCUGAAUGUUUGCCGGUCAAGCCAGAUGUUAUAGGAGGCAGACUUCGCUUCUUUUAUCCGGUUUGGGCCAAAAGUAUUCAAGAUACUUGUGUUCUUUCUAUCCUUAUGCAAGGAUACAAGAUAGAAUUCAACGAAUUCCCCUUUCAAAAUACCUUCAUUCGUUCAAGAGUUGCAAAAGGAAGAAAAGAAGUCGCAAUGAACAAGAUUAUUUCCCAACUGCUGCAGAACCAGGUAAUAGAGAAAGUUCCUUACAAAGAGCGUUACAGCAGCCACUAUUCUACUAUAUUUCUGGCUCCAAAGCCCCAGGGAAAAUGGCGUCUAAUUUUGGAUCUAAAAGGCUUGAAUACAAAAUUGAAACCAAGAACGUUCAAGAUGGAGUCUAUUACUAUACUCCUUCCAAAUAUAAAGCCCGGAGACUGGAUGACAUCUAUCGAUCUCAAAGACGCCUACUAUCAAAUACCUAUUCACUACAGUCAUCGCCGGUUCCUGAGGUUCUAGAUUUCAGGGAAUCAUUAACAGUUCAAGGGACUUCCCUUCGGCUUAAGUUUGGCUCCGAGAAUGUUCUCAAAGAUUCUCAUUUCCCUUGUGGCCUUUAUAAGGACAAAGAACAUCGAGUUUUAUCACUAUCUGGACGAUUUUCUGAUCAUAGGCCCGUCCAGUCAAAUAGUGAAUCACCGCACAAGAAUUACCAUCAAAUACCUUCAAGAACAUGGUUGGUUGAUAAAUCCCAAAAAGAGUUUGUUGGCGCCUUCCCAGAGGAUGAUAUUCCUGGGAGCAAAUAUAAACUCAGUAAAUGGCCUGGUAUCCCUGUCUACAGAGAGAAAAAAACGAAUUGUGAAGAAAAUCAGAAGCCUGCAUCAGAAAUCCUACAUUUCAGCAAGAGAAUUCAUGAGCCUAUUGGGAUUACUUCCAUAAACCUAGUAAAAUGGGCACAGUGGAGGAUGCUACCUAUUCAGAGGCAGUUUAUCAUACAGUUCAAGGCAAAGACAGGCAAUUAGGAUCAGAGGAUUCAUCUUCUCCCGAGUAUCUCAACAGAUCUGUAUUGGUGGACAAAAGAAGAAAACCUAUUUCGAGGUUUCCCCCUGGAAGAACCGGCCUGGAUAACUAUAACAACAUAUACCAGCCUUCUGGGAUGGGGUGCACACUUGAACAACUCAUGGAUUCAAAGUACAUGGUCACGGAAGGAGACAAAGCUUCAUUCGAAUUUGAAAGAACUGAGAGCGGUUCUCAGGGCACUAAAGGGUUUCCGUCCUUUGUUGAGGAAUGCUUGGGUGAAAGUACAGACAGACAACAGAGUGGCUGCUUCUUAUAUAAAUCACCAGGGAGGCACCCGAAGCAAUUCCCUUCUGAUGGAGCUGACUCCUAUAAUGAAGUUUGCGCAACUCCAUUUUUCAAGGCUUGAAAGCAGUUUACCUGACGGGGCCAGAAAAUGUAUUGGCAGACUAUCUCAGCAGAACAAGGAUUCUCCAAGGAGAAUGGAAGUUGCACCCAGAAUGUUUUCAGUUAAUUACCCUAUGGUGGGGAGUACCUCAGAUCGAUCUAAUGACCUCAUACAAGAAUACGCAGGUCAAAAUGUUUUACACUCUACAUGCAAAUCAUCGAGCAGCAGGACAGGAUGCCCUGUCUCUUAUGUGGAAAUUCGAUCUGGGGUACCCGUUCCCUCCCCUACCAAUGAUUUACAGACUGCUGAGAAAGAUAUUGAAAGAAGGUCUUAAGGUGAUUGCCGUCAACCCAAUUUGGCCUCACAGGCCUUGGUUUCCUCUUCUCAACAAGAUGAGCUUGGAGCCUCCUUGGCCUCUUCCUCGCAGAUCAGACCUAUUGACUCAGGGACUGGCUGUUCAUCCCAACCCCAGCCAGCUGAAAUUGGGGGCAUGGCUCUUGAAAAGGAGAGACUACAAGCUCAAGGUAUCUCAGAGUCUGUUGUUAAUACUCUCCUUAAAUCCACAAAGGCUUUACUUCAACUUGCUACCAUAAGAUCUGGGAGGUUUUUCAUUCUUUGUCUCAAGAUAAUAAUGUCGAUUUUCUUCAGCCCUCUAACAUCAACAUUUUAAAUUUUCUUCAUGCAGGUCUGGAGAAAAGGCUGAGUCUAAGUACUCUGAGAGUCCAAUCAUCGGCUUUAUCCACCCUCUGCAACAGGUCAUGGACAUCAGAUACUCUAAUUGCCAGAUUUUUUAAAGCAACCAUCCGUAUAAGACCUCCGAUCAGGAAUUAUUCUCCCCCUUGGAAUUUGCCGAUGGUACUGGAGGUUUUGUCAGAAAACCCCUUUCCUCCAUUAGAUGAGCUGGGUAUUGUCUUACUAACCUAUAAGACCUUGUUUCUGGUGGCUAUAACUACGGCAAAACGCAUGUCAGAAAUUCAUGCAUUCUCCUGUGAUGAGAACCAUUUUCAUGUGUUCCACGACAGGGUGGUCUUGAGACCUAGACAAGAGUUUCUGCCAAAAGUGGUCUCGAAUUUCCACAUCCUCCAGGAAAUUGUUAUUCCAUCUUUUCAUCCGUCUCAUUCUUCUCCAUCGGAAGUGAAACUUCAUCAAUUGGACGUCAGACAGUGCCUACUCAAGUACAUCAAAGUAUCUCUACAUUUUGGAAAGUCUCAACAUCUGUUUGUUCUUCCAACAGGGCCCAGAAGAGGGGAAGCAACCUCUACUUCCACUUUGAGGCGUUGGAUCUCCAAUACUAUAACCAAGGCUUAUCAGUUGAAAAACCUUACUCCUCCUAGUAAGAUCAAGUCUCACUCUACAAGGGCUUUGGCAACAUCAUGGGCUAACUGGGCAGAGGUUCCAUCUGACGACCUCUGUAAGGCUGCCACGUGGUCUUCACCUCUCACUUUCAUCAAGCACUACAAACUGGAUUUGGCUUCAUCCUCUACGGCCUUUGGUAGAGGUGUUCUAUUCUCUGUGGAGUCUAACUAAAUUAAACUUAUUUCAGCAUCAUCUGGUGUAGAGUGUUUUGUUUUUUGGUUUUUGGGGGGGUUUUCCCUCCCUAUGGUGGAGCUUGGGUAUUACCCAUAAGUGAUGCUGCCAUGAUUAGCCAGGAAUACAGAAAAUUUUAUCAUACUUACCGUAAUUUUCUUUUCCUGGCUAUUAUUCAUGGCAGCAUCAGCAAUCCCCCCUUAAAAUUGUUUUAAGCUUUGGAACUCGACUGUGGGAUGGAAGGAGGAGGGACCUUUUAUACCCCAGUCUGGUCCAGAUUAAUUGAACCUUUUUUCAUGUCCUGUUCCUGAUUGGGGCGGAGCUACCCAUAAGUGAUGCUGCCAUGAAUAAUAGCCAGGAAAAGAAAAUUACGGUAAGUAUGAUAACAUUUUCUGUAUUUUUGUGUAAACUUACACAUUGAAUAUGUUUCUGUGUGAUAAAUCGUGUUUUGUCCCUUUAAAGAUUAGUACUGCUGUUCCCUUUGUUACACCCGUAGUAUAAGAAAAAGCUCUCUCCUUUGCAAAGCAGGUCACCAGGAUUCCCUCGGUCCCUCCUUCGGUAAUUCAGGCAGGCACAGCAUGAACAGCAAUGCCUGCCAUAUGGCAUCCCCACCUAAUUUACAGGCAGGCAAUGCAUGAACUGUGGUUCCUGCCAUGUCUCACAGCUCCCCUCCUGAUACAGUGAUGGCAGGUACUACAUUGAUAGCGGUACCUGCCACUUGGUCCCCGAGUGUCACGUGUUCAUUCACACAUAAAAAUGUGGUUAAUGGCAUUUACUGUCCUGACAGGAAAAGUUGUGCCAAGCAACAUUACCGUCCUGACAGGAAAAGUUGUGCCGAGCAGCAAUCAUGCACAUGGAAACCUGGCAAUUACUUUUGGGGUCAAAGGCCGGUCAUGGCCAAUCCAAUCUACUGGAGGGUUUGUGCUGAGCAGCAAUCAUGCUCAUGGAAACCUGGUAAUUGCCUUUGGGGUCAAAGUCUGGUUACAGUCAAUCAAAUCCACAGGAGGGGUAUUUAAACCCAAUUCUCCUUUUGCUCAUUGCCCUGUCGUGGUUUCAUGCCUAUGGUUAUCCGAGAGUGUGUUCCUGAUCUUGAUUUUCUGGUACUUGACUUUGGCUUUGUUUUGACUGGCUGCUCGCUGUCAUUUAAACCUGGAUAUAAAUGUAUCUUGUAUAGAUGUGUAAAGAGGAGGAGUACAUGUAAAAAGUGGCUCUUUAGUAGCUCUAAAUAGCUACUUUUUCAUAUUGCAGCAUUGUUAUAGUUUUGUUAUAGUUUUUGCUAUAACUAUUGGUUACACGUACUCUUACCGUAGCUCUCUAUCACUUCUAUAUAUUCCGUUUUAAAUAAACGCUGGUAGGGGCAUGCAGGAGGAUGUAACCUGUGCCAGGUUCCCCCUUAUUGCACUAGUGACUGGGCAGCAAUAGCUGCCCAGUCACUAGUAGUUUUAAAUUUGUUUAGGCAACAUGUACCUACUCGCUGCACAUCACGAGUAGGGACAUGCGGGAGGAUUUAACCUCCCUUUUAUUAAUAUGGGGGUCAAAGUGGCCCCCAUAGGUUUUAAUGCUUGGGGGGUAGAAUUGGCCAUUUAUUAGAAGGAGGGAGCUGGUAGUGCUGCCGGCUCCCUCCUUGCUUUUUUUUUUUUGGCACAUGCACAGUGCUGUUUUUGUCCAAAUGGACAAAAACAAAUAAUUUUUAAAUGAAUUUCGCUUGAAAACAAAUGGUUUGCGGACGAAAUUCGGGAUCGAGGAAUGAAAUUUUUAUUUAGUACAAAAUCAUUCGUACAAAACAAAAUUUUCACUGGUGCACGUCUAGUUGAUGAUACUGUAAAGUUGCUGAACAGUUGCUGGUGAAUAAAGUUUGCAAAUUAAGAAGACCAGUGAGUGCCCUUCUUCGAGUGACAACAGUGCUAGCAGUGAGGUAUCUGAAGUAUCUAUGCCACACCAACCUUAAAGGAUAUAUACAUUAAUAUACAUAAGCAAAUAUAAUGCAUUGGUAUAAAUUAAUUAAGCUUGUUAACAUAUCAAGCUAGGGAAUAAACAGUUAUUUUACAUACUGAAAACAAAUUGAAUUACCUAUUUUUACAUUUCCAAAAAGUUUGCCCAAAAUAAAGAAAACUAAAAAUCAGAAUAGAGAUAAAUGUGAAAAUAAAUUACCAUAAACAGAUCUGGGCAACGGAAAUUGUGUACUCCACAUAAUUAUAUGGGAACAGUAUUACAGCCCAAAUGUUGGGUCCUGCAUACACUGCUGUGUAUCAGCAAUUAAUAUACUGUAAAUAGUAAACAAACAUAUGUGAGAACACAAUAUAUAUAUAUAAUCAUCGUCAUGUAGCUCCUCGAUUCAUGUGGCUGCAUGUAACGCAACUGGAGCAUUUGAAGCAGCCUUUUUUCAACAUUGUACGUGAUUUCAUAUAGCAGUCUGUUGGAUCACUCUGUACCUCGAUAUAGCAGUGUGUUUGGCACCUGUUCUAAAGAAGGAUAUUAUGGCACUGGAAAAAGUGCAGAGACAGGCUACAAAAUUAAUAAAAGGAAUGAAAGAUUUUAGCUAUGAAGAAAGUAUAAGAAAAUUUAAACCUCUUUAGUUUAGAAAAACAGUGCCUCAAAGGGGAUGUGAUAGCAUUAUACAAAUAUAUAUGUGGCCAAUACAAACCAUUGUCUGGAAAUCUAUUCACAAUCAGGGCUAUACAUAGGACACAAGGUCAUGCAUUUAGACUGUAAAAAAAGAUUUAGUCUAAGACAAAGGAAAGGUGUUUUUUUUUACCAAUAACAGCAACUACAUGCAUACUUGCAAAAACAUAAUAUUAAAUGAUAACAUUUUUCAACUGUAGGGUAAUACCUUCUCGAUCCAAGGAUAACUCUGACUGCCAUUCUGGGGUCAAGAAUGAUUUUUUUCACUAGCUUGUUGCAAAAUUGGAAGUGCUUUAAACUGUUUUUUUUUUGCCUUCUUUUGCAUCAACAGCAAAUGCGAUGUGAGGAAGGCUGAACCUGAUGGUCACAUGUCUCUUUUCAGCCUAUGUAACUAUGUAACAGUUCAUGUACGUUUUUGUUUCUGGUAUAACUUUCAAUUGGGUACUCACAAAGUAUAGAAAGUAAGCUUUUGUCAGAUCGAAGACUGUCCCAAUGCUUGUAGAUGGUAAAAACAUUCUUUUGGAUUGGGGCUUAAGUGAUGAAGAGACCUGUAUCCCCCCCAGAGAGUCGUUUGAGUGAUUUCAAUUUAGCCUCAGAUAACACUAGAUUUCUAACAUGCGGAUGAUAUCCAUGUGUGAGUAAUCUAUUCCACAUCUGUUGAAGUUGUUUGUUUCUGACAGUUCACUGUUAUAUCUCAGUAUACAUAUAAAUUGAGAUAUUGGAAGAGAGUUCUUAAAGUGUGGUGUAUGAAAACUUGAAGCCAAAAGGAGUGUUUUUUGAUCAGUUUGCUUCCGAUAUAUUGUGUAUCCAAGUUUGUUGUUUGAUUUGUGCACUGUAACAUCCAAGAAUUGGAUAGCGAAGUCAUUCCAUGUAGGUGUUAACUUGACAGGUACUGAUGUUGAAUUGACUUGGUUCACCAUUUGACACAGUUCAUCAGAUGUACCCUUCCAGAUGAGAAAAUAUUGUUCACAAAUCGUAGGUACUCCACAAUAUUAUUUUGGUACCUGGACAAAAUAUAUUUGUGUUAAAACCAAAACAUAAAUGCAUCUGCGUAUGAGGGUGCCAUAACUGCCCCAUCACAGUCCCAGCUGUUUGCAAGUAGUUAUGCUCAAACUUAAAAUAAUUACAGGUCAAAGCAAUGGAUAAAGGUUCCAAAAGAUAUUCUAUGGGACCUGAAUAGGAAACGUGUAGUUGCAGAAUGAUCAGUGAUCUUCUCAAUUUGCCUUUUUUGAGGCGCAGUAAUUGAUAAUCUCCUACUGGCAUGGUGUGCAGCCUGAGGGAGUCUGGUGGGAGCCUCAAGUAUACGUCUCUAUAGGAACAAUUUAAGGAAAUGUUAUCAUACUCAACCAAUUACUUUUUGCUUCUAAGAACAUUGCUUUUCUGACUACACUACAUUAGGGAAAGGGUCUUAAUCGUUGUCUGUCAAGUUUAUAAAAGAAAGGUAUGGAAACCUUUAUCUGUUUUGCGCUUUUAAGGCAAAUCUACUAAAUUGCUCUGGACUAAUUAGUUGAAAAUUUUAAUAUAUGGCUGUAGCAGAAGAGUGAUAUAAGAAUGGUUGUAACCAGGCAAAAGUUUAACAUGGUAGAGGUUCAUAGCAAAUAGAUUAGGUUGCAAUUCUGAGAAGUACAAUUAGAUGCUUAUCCUUCAUGCCAUUAGGAGGGCACCUGAUUGUCACCACACUUGUUCUGCAACAUGACAAUGACCCUAAAUAUGCAGCCAAAACCAUUAAGAACAAUUUUCAUUGUAAAAAAGAAUGAAUUUCGGAAGUGAUGGUAUGAUGGUUUGAUCAACAUGAUUGUGUCUGUCUGGGAUUACCUGAAGAGAAAUAUUUUACUGAGGCUGAAUGGACAGACAAGCUGUGGUUAGUUCUCCAAGAUGUUUGGAAGAAACUACCUAUCGAAUUCUUUACAAAACUGUGUGAAAGUGUAUGAAUAAUUAGGCAAAGGGUGGUCACGCCAAGUAUUGAUUUGAUUUUGAUUUUUCUUCUCUCACUUUGCAUUUUGUUAAUUGAUUAAAAAAAAAAAUACAAUUUCUGUUUUUGAAAGCUUUCCUACUUUACAGCAUUUUUUUUCACACAAACCUAAAACUGUUGUAUAGUAGUAUGUCAUCUGUGUACUAAGAAUUUAGGUGUAUUGCACAUAUUCAUACAAUGAAAGCAUAAAUACAUACAAUCCCUUCUACAUCUAUAUAAUCAACUGAGUUCCAUUGAUUAAACUAAAGUGUAUUUUAUUUUUAAACCAGGCUCAGAUUCGAGCUGGACUGACAAUAGAUAAAAAAGACUCUGACCCAAACAUUGCAUGGAAAAAUGAAGGCAGCAAUAGUUUUGGCAUGUUAGAAAAUGGUAAGUACAUUUAUUAUGUCUGUAUGGAUAUUUCAACACUGUUUAUUGAUUCUGUAUUAUUAAACCUAUUACAUGUUAAAUACCUUAUAUUUUAUUCUACUCCACUCGUUCUCAAUCUGUUUUGACCAGGACCAGAAUAAUGUAUGUAGAAGUAGUUGGUGACCCAUUGGUUUAAUGUACAAUUAGUUCAAUUAAGUAAUCUAAUAAAAAAAAUAAGCUAUAUCAAAUCUAAUACUAGUAGUGUAAUGUAUGUUUUACUAUUUUCACAAGCCACGUUCAGUAGAUUGUCUGUGGAGCCUACAUUGCACUUGGGAAGACAAUGAUUCUACAGUGAACUAUUUAUUGAUGGCAAUUUCCUGAGGCCUAACUCAUUUUGAUGUGCCCGUUUUAUCCAGUGAUGCCUCCUAACCCAGUAAAGAGGCCUUUUUUUAUUUUGAUUUUCCUUUCCUUUUAAUACUUGUAUCUUAAUAAGUAUAAAUCCCCCUUUACCAUUUGCCUUCAAUUAUAUUUUCUUUCUUAUGCUGGAUCUUAAUAACCAUGUUCUCCCCUGUCCCUGGGUGUCUGCUGUUUGGCCUUCUCUAGGGUUGAUUUUAUUGAUGGAUUGUGUGCAAAUUUGUUUAGCAACUGAAACAACUUUGCUUGAGUACCACUCAUUGUCAGAUUUUAUCAACUGAAAUAAAUAAAGAAAUCCAUUUCCUACUUUUCCUUUUGUAUUUUAUGAAAACUCAUUUUUAAAAAACACACAGAACAGGGUACAUUUUAAAUGCCAUUCCAUGCUGAACAUAGCAAGCACACAAAAAAGACACCACAUCAAUUCAUACUUUAGAAAGCUAAAUAAGAGUAGCGAACAACAUAUAAAAUACAUUAGUAGGUGAUAGCUCAGAGUUUAUGGUGCUUAUAGCAUUCCAUUGUGUAUAUAAAAAAGUAAACGUUGAUGCACAUAAUUGCGUGGCAAUAUGCCUUUUCCUAUUAAUCUGGCUGCGCUUCAUAGACAUUGAAGUUCACAACAUCUGUCAUUGAUUGCUGACUGUUAGCAUGACAGCUACAUUCCUUAUGAUGCUUAGGAAGCCUAAUGUCUGUCUGUGCUUUCUAAUUGAAAUUCUAAAUAAGUAGCAGUGAUUGCCCACUGACAAGGGCAAUCACUGUUAUGGAAUGUGUUUCCUAUGAUGCUCAGACAUUUAUUAGAUAAUAUUGAACAUCAUGGUAAAUUAGGUAUAUUACAUUAACUGGUACUUCACCGAUCUCCCUCAUUAGAGACCAUUCACUGCUUUCCUCCCUUUUCUUUUGUGUGUGAAACCCACUUCCUCCUUUUGGAAGUAUAUAGUAUCGGUUACACAAGGAAUUGGAAAUUGAUGAAAUUAGCAGAAAUGUAUUGAUGCUACACUAGUUGGGUGGUAUAACAAGAAGCUCCCUUGUAUGUGAUGGGGAUUUCAACAUGCUACCCAACUAUAAAUACAUUAAGAACACAUUAUGGCUGCCUUGAUCCUGGCCUUGAAAAUCUGGCUCACCCUAUAUUUAAUUUAAGACCACCUUAUAUCUGGUGCUUUAGCUCCUAUAGCCAGGGUUAGACUUGUGCACCUCAUUACAAAAUUAGUCUUUGUCCCAUUUGAAGUACAGUAUACUGUUUAUGCAUUAAGUAAUUAUUACCUAUAACUUUAAUGGUGUGUAUUUAUUUAGUGUGGCAAUGUUUCUAAAUGCAUUUGUCAAUGUGUCAUACCAUUGUGAAUGUUCAUGCCUUUUUUGUAUAUAUUGCCAGUAUGAAUGCAUAUGUAUAUUUGUGUGCACUAUCAGUUAAUGUUAGCGCAAGAUGUAUUUUACAGUGUAUGUCAAAUAAGUGGUAUAUUUUAACACUGUCAUUUCAUGUUUUAUUAUAAAUCGUCUCUAACUACAGGACCCUUGCCAAACACUGACAUUGGGAAUUCUCUAGAAGAUAAUGGAAGUCCAGAAAAAAUCAUUUCUUCUUCUGAUGACAAACAAACUGACCAGCAAAUGGAACAAAAAGAUUCAACGAUUGAUACUACAAAUGUUGUAGGGGAAUUGCUCUCUGUGAAACAGCUAAUUCUUUGGCGUGGGCUGGCUGUGUUGGCAGCUGUGCUUGCACUAAGCAUUGGCAUAAUUGUUAAAUGUCUAACCAGUAAAGGGUAAAGUUACCUGUUUCAAGAGAAGUGGGGUAUUUUUACUCUACAGUAGUCUGAGUGCUGUCAAAAUGUGUUAUUAAUUUAUAAAGACUAUAUGUCACUGCUUUCACUAGAGUGAAAGAGUUCGAUGGAAAUAUGUUCUAUAUAUUUAAAUUCAAAAAAAAAAAAAGUUCUCUUCACACUUUCAUAGUAACCAAUUUUGAUGUCAGUGAAUGAUGUGUUAUAUCAUCUGUUUUAAAUUAUAAAGGAAAGGUUUCUUAAACCAGUUAGGUAGUAAUAUUGCUCUGUUGUAUAGUGGACUGUGUUACUGACAUGCAAUAAUUAUUAUAGCAGGAAAUUAUCUUGUCCUGUUAUGUACCAAUGAUAUUCUUUGAGGACAUUGCAUUCUAGUCCAGGGAGUUCUUGUGCAAGAGUGGAACUUCCUACUAAGUUCAUUGGGAACUGCAUUGUCACCUAUGCAGAGGGCCACUUUCAAAUGCUUGAAAAUGUCAACAUAUUUAUCUGACCAUUAAAAGGUCAAAUAUCUGUUAGGUAAGCUGGUC